GGAGGUAGGGAGAGGGCAGGUGAGAGUGAGGGAUAGUCAGUGACCAGGCUCCACUUCGCCAUGGGUGUCUCUGCACUGAGCCCCACCAGAUUCCUGGGCAACAUCUCUGGAUUCAUCCAAGUGGCCUUCCUGCUCUGCCUGCUUCUGUUGCUAUUCAAGGCAGCUCAGUUCUACCUGCACAGACGGUGGCUGCUCAAAGCUUUCCAGCAGUUUCCUUCUCCACCUUCUCACUGGCUCUUUGGGCAUUACAGGGAGUUUCAAAAUGACCAGGAGCUACAGCAGGUGCUGAAGUGGGUAGAGACUUUCCCAAGUGCCUGUCCUCGCUGGCUGUGGGGGAGUAAAGCUCACUUUACUAUCUAUGACCCGGACUACAUGAAAGUGAUUCUGGGGAGAUCAGAUCCAAAGGCUAAUGAUGUCUACAGAUUUCUGGCUCCCUGGAUUGGGUAUGGUUUGCUUCUAUUGGACGGGCAGGCGUGGUUUCAGCACAGACGGAUGCUAACCCCAGCCUUUCAUUAUGACAUCCUGAAGCCCUAUGUAAAGAUCACAGCUGACUCCGUCCAAGUGAUGUUGGACAAAUUGGAGAAGCUUGCUGACCAAGACACUUCUCUGGAGAUCUUCAAACAUGUCUCCUUGAUGACUCUGGACACCAUCAUGAAGUGUGCCUUUAGUCACCAGGGCAAUGUCCAGUUGGAUGAAAAUUCUCAGUCCUAUAUCCAGGCCAUUGGAGACCUGAACAAACUAUUUCUGUCCCGUGUGAAGAAUCUCUUUCACCAGAAUGACAUCAUCUACAAUCUAUCCUCUAAUGGCCGCUGGGCCAAGCGUGCUUACCAACUCGCCCAUGAGCACACAGACCGAGUGAUCAAGCUGAGGAAGGAUCAGCUGCAGGACCAGGGAGAGUUGGAGAAGAUCAGAAAGAAGAGGCGCUUGGAUUUCCUGGACAUCCUCCUAUUUGCCAGAAUAGAGAAUGAAAGCAGCUUAUCUGACAAGGACCUGCGUGCUGAGGUGGACACCUUCAUGUUCGAGGGCCAUGACACCACAGCCAGUGGGAUCUCCUGGACCCUCCAUGCUCUGGCCACUCACCCUGAGCACCAGCAGAGAUGCAGGGAGGAAGUCCAGGGCCUCCUUGGAGAUGGAACCCCCAUCAGCUGGGACCACUUGGACAAGAUGCCCUACACUACCAUGUGCAUCAAAGAAGCCCUCAGGAUCUACCCACCUGUUCCAGGUGUAGUCAGAGAACUCAGCAAACCUGUCAUCUUCCCUGAUGGACGCUCCUUACCCAAAGGAAUUCCAGUCACACUCUCCAUUUAUGCCCUUCAUCACAACCCAAGAGUAUGGCCAAACCCAGAGGUGUUUGACCCUUCCCGGUUUUCACCAGCUGCUGCCCAACAUAGCCAUGCUUUCCUUCCCUUCUCAGGAGGAUCAAGGAACUGCAUUGGGAAACAAUUUGCCAUGAAUGAGCUAAAGGUGGUGGUGGCCCUAACGCUCCUUCGCUUUGAGUUGCUGCCAGAUCCCACCAAGAUACCUGUCCCCAUAGCACAACUUGUAUUGAAAUCCAAGAAUGGGAUCCACCUGCACCUCAGGAAAAUACAGUAGUCCUGUUGUAGAGCUCAGAAGUCGAAAUGGCUGUGCCACUGGGAGACGACCAAGGUGCUAUGUGGCCAGCCUUCUCUACAGAGUCUUGGAGAGAAUCUUCCCUUGCUUUUUCACUGCAGAUCAGCCUCCCUGCCUUCCCUGGAACUGGCACCUUCUUCCUGCCUUAAACCUAGCAUCUUUUUCAGAUCUCUCUCUCUAUCGCUCUCUCUCGCUCUCUCGCUUUCUUGUCAUUUUCUUCUCUUUUAAAAAAUGUGUCACUGUGAUUUUUGUUGAAUUUUUAAUUCAAAUUAAAAUAAAAGCGGUAGAGCUGGAGAGAUUGCUCAGCGGUUAAGGUGCUUGCCUGCAAAGCCUAAAGACCCAGGUUCAAUCUCUCUCCAGAACCCAAGUAAUCCAGACUCACAAAGAUGACACAAAUACAGAGUCGCAUAUGUGUACUAGGUGACACAAGCAUCUGGAGUUUGAUUGCAGUGGCUGAAGCCCUGGAGCACCAAUCCCCUCUCUCUCUCUCUCUCUCUCUCUCUCUCUUUCUCUC